GCGUCGAUGAAGCAAACACGGGCUAUCGUUAAUAUCACAGCCCGUUAUCCCCUCCACCCCCAAGUUGUCACUUCAGGCAGCUAACUAGCUGCGUUUAAUUGAAUUAUUUAAUACACAUCUCUGCUCAACAACUCUAGGUCUUUAGUGCCAUGAAGGGAAUCAGGUUUCUUGCGUUUUUCUUGGUGCUUUCCGCGUCUCUGCUGUGCACAGCCGACGCGGGCAGGAGCAGACCCAGCAACCAGAACAGCAUCCGAAGGGCAGCUAAUGGCAUCUACCAGACACUGAGCAAUGUUUUCGGAGAGGACCACAUUAGAGGGUUGUACAAGUUUUUCUCCAAAACAACAGAGCGGUUUGUCCAUGGAGUGGACUCUUUCCUGGACACUAUCUGGAAGAUCUGGUCAGAUCUACUGGAUGUGAUGGGCAUCGACUCCUCAAACCUUAGCCAGUACUUCAGUUUCACAUCUCUCACCAACUCCCCAGCACGUGCACUGCUCCUGAUUGCCGCCGUACUCUUGGCCUACUGGUUCCUCUCCAUGUUCCUGGGGGGGUUCUUCUACCUGUUGCAUGCUGUAUUUGGCCGCUUCUUUUGGCUCGCACGCGUCACUCUUUUCGCCCUGUCCUGUCUCUACAUCCUCCAGAAGUUUGAAGGUGACCCUGAGCGUGCAGUGCUGCCACUGUGCUUCAUCAUGGCUGUGUAUUUCAUGACAGGGCCUGUAGGAGCGUACUGGCGUCGGGGAGGUGGCGCGGGUUCGCUUGAAGAGAAAAUUGACCACCUGGACACUCAGGUCAGGCUGCUUAAUAUCAGGCUGAGCCGUGUUAUUGACAGCCUGGAACACACCGGCGAGCAGUAGACUUAGGUUGGCAGUGAGGAGGGAGAGAGGGCGAUCACAGAAAUGGCUGCAUUUGUCAGAAUGAGGUUUCCUAUGACAUCAGCAGCAACACAACUACUGGGUAUUUGUAACUCUCACCGUCAGAUAGGGGACAAAUUUGCAAACAGCAUUUUAAUAGCAUGAAUUAAUUUUAAUCACAAGGUACCUAAAAAUCCUCAGAGGUGUGGGCAGUUGACCUGGAGCUUAUGCAAACCAACCAAACAGUUUUUCUUUUACUUUUGUCUCAAGGCUUUGAAAGUUUUUGCUACAUCUGUGAGGAGGUUAUCAGAUGUCUGUUUUCUAAAGUCUACACCUCAGCUACUUUUGAGAAACUCCCAAGUUGAAUAAGUAUCAUCAGUGUUUGUGCUAAACAAGUAAGCAAAACAUGUGAUUUAUUUUUUCCUUGUGAAUAACCUGGGUGUUAUUCUUACACAGGUUCAUCUGAAAUAUUUUCUCCUUUUAGAAGGUAAGCUGUUGAAGUAAGAGAGAGGCAGGGUGUGUGAUGCAGGGGACAGAUACAAACAUUGUAUUUCUAAUAUGUACAGAUCUUCAAGUUGUUGGAUAGUUGUCCUUAGAUUUAUUUAUUCCAUUUCCAUCCAAAAUGUUAAAAUGAUGUAGAACUACUUUUCAUCACUGUCCAUUCCAUAGUGGCAACACAGUAGUCUGACACUGGGACCUCUUUUUCUUGUGUGAAUGUGUGUGUGUAUGGGUGCAUGAGCUAAUGCCCCCAAUGGGAGACCUACUUGAAUGUGUGCACAGAAGCAUUUGUGUGUGUAUGUAAGACCUGUGAACUGAAAAUGCAUUGUAUUAAGAGGUGACCAUCAGACAAGGACAAAGAAGGCAGCAACAUCUCAGGGACUCGACUAACGCAUGUAUCAAAUUUGGAAACAAUAUGUCAAGUAUAUUAAAAUCAUGUAUUAGUAUUUUUAAGUCACUACUAGUUUUUCAGAUAUGGUUUUCAAAUCUGUCUCAGUACCUCACAAAACAUGUUUUUGCACCAUGUUGAAAUUGGAGCUUUUGAUUCAGAGUCUAAGUCCAGCUGGUCAAUCAUUUUUAUACUAUUGUGGAAUUAUUAUAUGGAUUCGAACUGAAGCUAGUGGUUCUAAAGUUUUAAUUUGGAAAACAGUUUUUAACAUUUAAAUGUGUGAAUGCAAAUACACAAAAGUGGUCUAGAAAAAUUACUUGGGUGGUUUGAGCCAUGUCACAGUGGCCUGCUCUGUCUUUAUACAAGUUCAUUGUUUAGGAUCAGGCUUUUUGUCAGGUAUACAUGGGAUCAGUUUCUUUGUACAUUCCUGCCGUGGUAUUAUGUUUGUUGUUUGUAGUAUUUUUAUAUAUUCGUUGUCUAAAUCCAAGAACCAGCCAGUUAUUAUACUCCUUGACAGCCAGGUAAGGGUGUAAAGGGUGCAGUGUUACCUUUGCUCUUCAGAGGGGAAAAGUGUUCUAUCACCAAAAUAGAACCCUGCCUAUUUCCCUGCUUAUUCUAAUUAUUCUAGUAAAUACAGUACAUGUGGUUUGUCAUGUGUUUAGUACAGUAGCUGAGUUCAGAUUCUCAUUAGGCCCAUUGUCUUGCCUUUUGACAUGAUCUUGGAAUUAAAGUUUAACUAAUCAUAGUUUAUUGGAGAGUUCCCAUUUUGCCCAGACAAGCCCAGUUUUUAGUUUUUCCCCUGCAGUAAAGCCACAGCAGGUAGCCCACAUAAGAAUCUGGGAUAUUCUUGCAUGCUAUGUUUUUACAGUAUAUUCAUGUUGACUGCUUAUGUAGAGAACACUUCUCACAAUGUGAUGUGAUGAAUCAGCCAGAGGUGAAUAAUAUCAGAGAUCUCGCAUAUGAUGUGUUGUUUUUUUUUCCUUGUACCAUUACAGUUUUCAUUUGCACUGAUUACUGUGUAGACCAAAUGAUUACACAGUCUCACAUUACAAGACUAAGCUUGACACAAACCCUGUGAGUUUUUUUUUUUUGCAUUCCAUCAUCACAGCCAUGCUAUUUAUCUUAUGUACAUGUUAAAAUACAUAAAGACGUGAAGCUGAUUUAAAGGAAGGGUUUGAUCCCGGUGUCUUGUAGUGUGUUUACCCUAACAGUCUAGCCAGUGAGCUGUGUAUGUAAACUAAUGGCAUGUGUGAUUUAUGUACAGUAGAUGUUAAGUGAAGAGUAAUGAUUAGGUAUGUUAUUGAAGGAUGGUUUAUCAAGUUUUCCAAUAGAACAUAGCACUAAUGGAAGUUGGAGUCAGGUGAUAUUACGUGGUCGAUCUCUCUAUCAUUAUUGUAUCAUUCAUUCAAACAGAUUUUUGGUUGAGAGUUUUAAAAGAUUCAAGAUUUGGAGGGGUGUUGUAGACAUUGAAAACUUUUCGGGGGGUCAGGAACAUACAUUAUUUCUAGCACAACAAAAAUGUCAGUUUCUGAGACAAAUCAGCCUGAAAACACUCCCAAGGCAAAGUACAGAGAAGACUCUAUACUUUACGUUGCACUAGCAGUAGACACGCCCAUCUUCCACGUUACCAUUGAACUGCUUAAAGAUGACUGUCUCUCACCACUAGAUUGAAUGUUACGUUCAGAUUAUAUUUAUGUUAAGUGUCUUCUGAAUGAAUUUGGCUAAUGUAGUGUACUGUAUACAAUAUUCCUGUUAUUCCAUGUAGCCUGCCUUUUAAAACAUCCUGUGCCAAUGUAUUUUAACUGUUGAAUGUUCUGUAGAUGCUAUAGUUUUGUUUGUUUUUUUUAUUUCAAUUAACAUUGUUUUUUUUUUUUUAGCUGGAUAUUUCUUCAGCGAUGUGGCAACCACCAACUAUUGGCUGCCUGCUGAUCUCUGCUUUGAAUCUUUAUGAAACCAUGUUGAUGGAUUUUUUUUGUUUGUUUCAUUUUGGGUUUUUAUGUGUGUGUGUCAGAGUGAAAUUGAGGUCCAGAUUUGAAUAAAUUAGCACAGAAUGACUGGUAGUCUGCUCUGAUUCAUAAAUAAUUUCAUGCUGAUUUGGUCUUCCUACACAUGUAUUUUUAACUUUAGAAUUUUGUAAUGUGUAAAAACAAGUCAAACAUGAUAUCAUCCUAUAUAAACGUAUACCACGCUCAGGAAUCCACCAGAAGUGUCUUUUCUCUCAUGAAAUGUCCAUUAGGCUUUAUUGUGUUUUGCAGUUCUCAUAGUAUCUAGUUGUAACUUUCUACAGUACUAAGAACAUAUCUGGCACUAGGUGGCACCGAUGAGCCUUUGGUGGUUAUAAAAAGCCCACUGUGGUUUGGAAAUAUAGUUGCUCAUUUCCAGUUGGACUUGACAAAGAAAAAGUUCAAAUGAGUAUCAGUUGUGGCACCAGUCUUGUUUUCCUUUCUGCACACAUGAAUUAGGCAUAUACAUUAGCUGAUUCUCAUAAUGUAAGACAGUGUGCUCAAAACAACCACCCAAAGUUCUGUCAUGGUUAACACAGCAGGAAAUAGCAUUGUUGUUACAGUGAAUUAUAGGAAGAGUUGGGAAAAGCCUGUGCAGGGGAAGUCCAUUCUUUAAACAAAUUGUCAUGGUACCCCUGAGAAAAAUAGUUAAACCCAACUGGUUCCAGUGAAAACCAGUCAAUGGCUGGAAAAUAUUUGCUUGUAUGUUAUGCAUCAGAUUUACAGUGUAAACUUAAUGCAACAUCACAAUUGGACAUUGUUAUUUGCUAG